CUUGACGCACGAACGGCAAGACUGAGAGUUAGACGACUUCAUAAGACAGCCUACUGAUAACUGGUCAAGAAAAAACAUGUCGCCGAAGCUGAUUCUGGUCAUCUUCUGCCUGAGCUUCCUCGCCAUGCUCCUGGGCAGUAGCGGGGCGGUCCUCCGAGGUGUCGGGGCCGGGUGUGAGGGGUGCGGAGAGGAGGAGGCGCUCGACAGUUUUCUCGGCUACGAUCGGUACGAUCGAGCGUACGGCGGAGAAGGGACGAGAAGAGGGAGCGAACUACUGAACAUGCUGAUGAAGAAAGCGAUCGUUGGUGCCCGUGCCCGACGGAACCCCCCGCACGUGGCCAUGGACAUCUCCACCAUGCUGCUUGGUGAGCUGCUGGGAGCUGGAGGAGACGGUGAAAGGGCCACCACCGAUCACAACAUAGACCUGUUCCGCCAGGCAGGGAAGUAGACAGGAGAGACAGGACACGGCUGACGGUUACAUGGGAACAAAGAACUCGACUAUUGCUUCUUAGUUUGUUUAGACUAUGAGCAAAACGAUGUCAGGAUAAGAUGA